AUGCCAUACUAUCUGUUUAAAAAGCUAGACAUAGGUGAACCUAACUCUACUAGGAUGAGCAUUCAGUUAGCUGAUCGCUCUAUUGUGCAUCCUAGGGGUAUCAUAGAGGAUCUGCUUGUUAAAGUUGGCACAUUCACAUAUCCUGUUGAUUUUGUUAUUCUGGAUAUAAAUGAGGAUGUGGAUGUGACUUUGAUUUUGGGUAGACCAUUUCUUGCAACCGCCAAGGCACUUAUUGAUGUGCAUAGUGGUAAACUGAUCUUGCGUGCUGGGAAUGAGCAAGCUACUUUUUCUGUGUCUGGCACUUAUUGA